GGCUUUGAAACGCAGUACACAGACCUCCUGUUGUACCAGCAAGCUUCACUAGUAAUUCCCUGACAGCCAGGCUCGCAUUUGUCCCGUCCACCGAAUAUCUAGAUGGAUGGAGCCAGCGAAUGAGGACAUCGCCUCCGUGCCUCCGCACCAGCCUCGCCCUUCCUCACCUACCCAAUCCUCGUCCCCUCCUUCGGACAUCAUAAACAAUGAUACUAUAGCUGCGUCCCUCUCCGACGGGGUCGCUGUGAGCAACGGAUCGAUUCUUCCUCGGGCACAGGACCUUUCGAAUAAGGACCGUCCGGUGUCCGGCAUAGUUCCGCCGUAUUGGAGCCACCAUAGAAACGCAUCCAGGGCUUCACACAUCUCUCUCGACCAGGCGCCAGGAAUUACAUUAGAGGACCAUACAGAGGAUCCAGAUUGCGAGACUAGUCGUGGUUUGUGGGCGAAAAGUGUGGUUGUCGAUGAUCAUGUCGUCGUACAAGGCAAGACGGGCAUCGGAUCCUAUGUCGUGUGGAAUUGCAGGAUACAGACACUGGAUGGUGGUCCCAUCACUGUUCGCUUAAGAUACUCCGAAUUCGACGACUUGCGACAACGAUUGGUGGCAUCCUUCCCACAUGCGAAGAAUGCCUUACCUCCUCUUCCUCCCAAGAGCGUUAUAUUCAAAUUUCGCCCUUCGUUUCUUGAGUCCCGCAGGGUUGGAUUGGAAUAUUUCUUGAACUGUGUCCUCUUGAACCCUGAAUUUUCCAGCUCACCAGUCGUCAAAGAUUUCUUAUUCGGGAGACUGUGUUAAUCUCAGCAUAUCACUGAACUCAAUAUCUAGCUACACCUAUUUGAUAUAACGGACUCGACGAUGUUAACGCCUGCCUCGGAUAAUUAUUGCAUUGGGUGACGAUCCAAGUAGGGACAACAACCCCUGCAAAUGUAGGGUCGAAAUCGACUAGACAAGCGAUAGCACUAAUGCAGCCUUUGAGCUGCUAUAUAUUAAUGCGCAAAGUUUACCCCAUUCAUCUGGACGGUAGCAGAUGCAUCUUCACUUGCAGCUGAAGGGGCCGUCUUGCUUACAAAACUGAAAUUGAAGGAUCGAAGCUCUGAGAGGCUUGGAGACCGCUAAUCAUCUUUUCCACAAUUCGUCCAUCGGACGCUAUAUGUGGCCGCCAUAUUUCCUAUUGCGGAUAUGGGCGUUUAAUUGACUUCUAGCUCAGUACUCAGAACAAUCAUGACUUGACUUUCC